AUGGUUGAUUUUGACGCUGACCUACUGGCCUCCGAGUUCACGCGUGACCUACGCAGAGAAACCAAAUUCACCUAUGACACUGUGGCCUACAUCUGCCUGACCAGCGGAGUACUGCUUCUUCUACUCGCAGUUUUCGGUUUCCUAAGUGAGAGGUCAGAUAACCGGUGGUUUUCAGAUGGGGUACGUUCUUUAACCGCUAAGUCCGUCAGGCCUAACCUGCCACACUCUUUUUAAAACCUUAAGAAAUGCAGCUAGACACAACGAAAAAAUUAUGAUAUCGAGUCAGUAGACUGAUUGGCUAAAAUCCAACCUUAAUCUUGCUUGAAACAAAGCACCCUAUCAUGAAGUCACGGCUUAAAUCCCUGUUAACCGUGAUACUAAACUUUCGUGAUAGUAAGGUUUCUAGGACUGGACUAGGUGCAGUAGUGUGUACGCGUUGGCGAGAAGAGACUAGUGUGCCUUGGACCAGUGAUAGUACAAUGAAAUCCAGUUUAAAUUAUAAUAUGUCAUAUUUUUAAAAAUUUAAGAUUCCUUCCAGCCGGGUGCCACGGGUACGCGGUAUGACGGAAAUAAAUAAGCCAACACAGGCUGCCUCAUUCUCUGCUGGUUAUUUCACCGUGAAUACACUCAACGCCUGGACUGAGUUUAUUGAUUUUUAUUAGUCAAACGGAAAUAGCGAACUGGACACUUGAAUAUGCCACUUCUCCGCCCUGCGAAUCCUUUCUGACAUGUUUUAUAAACGGACGCAGCAGAACUAGUAGAAAGUAAUGUCUGCGGAAUUAGAAACCGUCCACUAAAUCAGUUCAAAGCUAAUGCGCUUUAUCAGAAAGAGACAAAAAUUGACUGAAUUUAUUUUGAAAUAUCCAAAAGGCGACUGACAUAAGCCGACUUGUAGUUAGGCAACUCCUUCGGUAAAAUACACGGGAGUGGUGUCACUGUAGAGCAUUACAAAACAGCAGCUAAACCCUCACGUGGUGGUCAAGGACUUCAUCGACUGAAAUAUUUACGCAAGAGGACGAAUAAGUUGAUUGAAACCGGCUUUACGCGUCCGCAAAUGCGAGCAGGAUGGAGUUGGUGCCUAGAUGAUUAGCGUCAGAAACCGUGAAACAACGUCAAACGUGUGCGGGAUUUUGUCUGCCGAAGACUCCAAUCCAACGUUUCGGACCACAGACUGGAAAUAUUUAUAUGUAACACUUAGCUUUAUCUGGUUAUUUUUCAACUCCCCGAUGUAGGAAAGAACUAAACUACGAAUUGAAACAACGCCCUAUAGACAGUCAAGAUUCCUAUAAUAAGCUUUAUCGUAAAAAAAUUUACACUUUAUCUUCUUCGAUGUAUAAAUCUGCAAGUGCGACAAUUCAGUGCUGGUUCAGUCAGGCCAACUUUAGCAUAAAUGUGACUGACGGUACAUUCAGUGAAAACAAAAGCUGGAUGCACUUGCCAGUACCGCCCGAGAAGCCAUUCACCAUCAACCCCUCCUGCCAGGUUGGUUUAUAACAAAGUUACAAAGGUAAGAUUAUAAGGGCGCAAAGUCGAAUGAUGCACAUGACUGUAUUUCUCACCCGAAUAUCUCACCAUCUCAUAAACCUGGCGGGUUAACUGUCGCAAGCAACGACUUUCAUAUUCUGCCUCACAGAGUUGUCACAACUUAAGUUUAUUCACGGACACUCGUACUGGCGUGCGCGGACCUAGAGCCGGCGUCGCUAGGGGGGCUCUGAUAGCUGCCAGGCUUCUGUAAUAAUAAUAAUAAUAAUAGUAGUGUAUUUUAGGGUGAUAGGCAAUGCCCUUGAUGACCCUAUUGAAAGCGGUCCAUACAAUAGAAGUGUUAAAUGCACAUCUUUCUUACAUUUUGUCAGUAACAUAUUUGUUCUCGGAUAACGUUUUACAGUGCGGGACUUCGAAGGGUGCGGCCAGCGGUCUUUUCAAUAUACAGAUGAAAUUUUAAGUGCAGUUAUAUACAAUCAGCAUAAAGUGCAGUCAUUUGCAUAGUUUGAGAGGAGCAAUUUAAUUAAAAGGCAGGGAUGUGUUACACAGAAAUGAAAUCAAGAAAUGAAAUUUAUAGUUGGCCACAGAUAGUCCUGUAGUGAGAGUCGUCGUUUAUCAAAGAUCAAACGAUCCAGCUGCCAUUUGAAUACAGCCAUUGUAUCAGAUGUCACUAUUUCACUUGGGAGUGAGUUCCACGGUCGAACAACACGCUGGCUGAAGGAAAACUUCAGAUGGUCUAGGCGUGUACGCUCCCGCUUGACUUUGUACGGAUGACCGCACAGGUGACCCAUGGUUGUGAAUUCAAAGAAGUCGUCAGUUUUGAACGAACAUUCAUGCCCGUGGAUAGUGCGGAAUGUCAAUAAAAGGUCACAUCUCAUUUGUCUAUAAGAUAGGAUUAACAGGUUUAGCUGGGUCAGUCUUUCUGGAUAUGACAGAGUCCUGCGACCGUCCACGAGUUUCGUGGUCCGUUGUUGCUCCUUCUCUAUGGCAUCACCGUCCUUCUUCAUCCAGGGCAUCCAUGAUGGCAUUCCGUAUUCCAUAUACGGUCUUACGAACGUACCCAAUAUCUGUAAGAAGAGUUUUGGAGGAAAGAUUUUGAAAGCACGCCUAAUCCAGUGCAUGAUACUGGUUGCCUUUUGGACGACUCUUUGCAGAGCUGAGAGGGCAGCAUGUUUGAGCUUAGGUCUUUGUGCGUGUCCACUUCUUUUAGUGGAACCCCAUUUAUGGUGUACUGGUGUUUUGGGAAGCGCGUCCGACCAGAUUCUAGUCGCAAUACUGCACAUUUGGAUACGUUAAACGCUAGAAGCGACUUGCUGGACCAUGCAGCCAGCUUACUAACAUCUUCCUGUAGUUUCUGCGCGCCGUCAACGCAGCUGAUUUUUCUCCAGACCUUUACAUCAUCUGUAAACAUGCUGCCAUCACAUUCGAGGUCUGCAGCGCGGUCAUUUAUAUAGAUGAGGAAGAGGAGAGGACCCAAGACUAAGCCUUGCGGAACGCCGCUUUUUACUGGCACCCAUUCAGAUGCAGCAUUAACAACAAUAACUUUUCGGAGCGUGCAUGACAGGAAACCUUUAAUCCACUUAAAAAUGUUGCCCUGUAUUCCACACUCCUAAAUCUUCCGUAGGAGUCGUCCAUGGGGAAUGCUAUCAAAAGCCUUCUUAAAGUCAAAGAAGAUGACAUCCAUUGGACGGACAUGGUCUAAGGCUCAUGUCCAUUUUUUCUGCGAGUAAAGACUGCUUGUAAGACAGGAGUGGCCACGACGAAAUCCAGCUGAGCAGAACACAACAUGUCCCUCUGCUCCAGAUACGACAUUAAAUGCCUUUUAAUAAGUCGUUCCAUGACCCUGCACAGAAUGCAGGUUAAACUAGUAGGACGGUAAUUUUCGGGCUCCAACCUGAAUCCUCCUUUAUAGAUUGGAGAAUUAUGGACCGCUUUCCAUUUCUCCGGCAGUUCGCUUUCUUCCAUGGACUUCUGAAAUAUCAUGGACACCGGCUCACACAGUAGGUCAGGUAAUUCUCAGAGGACAAGUGGAUGAAUUCUAUCUGGACCAGGUGAUUUGGCAGGUUUCCGCCGGCGUAGUUCGGUCCUCAUCAACGUGAGUGAGAAGAAAAGACUGUCUUCCAAUAGAGGACAGGAAGGAUUUUGUCGUUGGUCUACGUAAGGCACAAUAUACAACUCCAACUGGUGUCAUUCGCAAUCUCCGCUUAAGCAGGACUGAGGCGCGAUAAUUGGUGACACUCUGAAUAUACUCUCACCGAUAAGACGCCACAAAACAACCGGUUACUUGUGAAUGAUUUCCUUUUUAGGUAGGAAUUAUGGCCCUGCAUCUACCGCACUCUCUCCCUCCUCUGACCCUUCUUGUUCUGAUAGCAGUACACCGUAUAGAUGGUCGAAUGUUGGCUCUGGAGCAGCGGGGAACUAACCUAAACGGCCCGUCUGGGCGUGCCGCGUACGACCUGUCGCACACACAGCCUCCACCAUGCUUAAAUUUCUUCACUGAGGAGGACACGAGUCCGGAGACCCGAUUACCUCAGCUGUGGGACGCCUCCGCCCCUGCGCCGAUUAACGUUCGAACAUUUGAGUUUAGCCCUAGCUCCUAA